AAAGGCCGGGCUACAUUGAUCGUACUCCUGAGUGUAAUUUUUGUGAACGCAUACGCCAUCUAGCGGCGGCGGGUCGAAGCUAGAGGCUGGUAUAAUUUAUCUGUCAAAAAGCGUUUUGGGUCGAGGAGCCUAUAAUUUUGAUCACAAACCAGUAAACAAACAGCUCGGUGAGUAUGUUCGAUAUUUUGUCGUGUAUGUUUUUUUGAAAAUAUGUGGUAAUUUAACAUACAUAUUGUAUUUCUAGCCAUGGAACAAGCAGGAAGCAGUCGACGCAAUGAAAAAAUAGAUCAUGAAAAAAGCCUCCGCUUCAUUGCCGAGGUGCAAAAGCACCGUGUUUUGUGGGAGAAAAAAAAUAAAAACUAUAAAAAUGUAGUUUUGAAGGGCGACGCGUGGGCUGCGAUAGCGGCCAAGGAGGAGGUUUCGCCACAAGAUGCGAAACAUCUGUGGUCCCGACUCCUUGGCAUUUAUCGGACCAACAAGGCCAAGGUCAAGAAGACGACGCAAACCGGUGCAGGCAAUGACGACGUGUUCCGGCCACGGUGGUUCGCCUACCAAGCGAUGUCUUUUGUAGACGAGGCCACCCAAGAUGCGGUGCAUGUAGACACGGUGAGUAUGUUUAUACUUAUUUUAAAUAACUAGUGGUGUGGGUUAACUAGUUUGUUUAAUCUUUGGCGUGGAAGCUAAUGUCAGCUUUCAAAUAAUUUUUUUCAUAAA